AUGGAUGUUCAAAUAAAACACGAAGUUACUUGUGAAGAUGCGAACCAGUAUCCCACACAUUUAGUUCCGGGCAUUCAAAUGACGAUAAAGAAAGAAGAAUUAAUCAUCGAUGCUGAAUAUCAGGAAGAUGAAGAUGAUAAGGAUUGUGGCUAUGCUGUGCACCACGACAAUGAUGGUAAUUUUAAUGAAUUUAGUUACGACGAGGAUGAAGAUAUGUCGGAUUACGACAAUGACACAAACACAUCCGAAUCGGACGAUGAUCCCGCAAAUGAAAUAAAUCCAUCACAUAUACCUACGACUCCAAUGAACAUGUAUAAGAAAAUUGAAAUACUACUUAAUCAGAACUCAAUACGCAUAAUAUGUCCGAUGUGCAAAGUGUCUGUACAUAGAUUCGGCAUGUGGUCAAAACACAUUAACAAAUAUCAUUCCCAAAUUGGUGAAGAAAUCAAAUUGCAAUAUGAAUAUACAGCAGUUCGUACGGCCACCUGUACUCUUUGUAAUGAGACUCUAGUCAAACAGUCUACUCAUUAUUUGCAUUACCUCGACUGUCACUCUCCCAAAAAUAAGCUAUUGUUUGUUUGUAAAAUCUGCAAACGUCGGAAGAUUACCUUGUCGAAAAUAUGGGACCACAUAUUCGAAAAUCACAAACAAAUAAUUGUUAAUUUCAAACGUUGUCCUAUAGCGGGAUGCCAUCUGGAAUUUACCGAGAAACUCUUGUUGAAACUACACUUUAUCGAUGUACAUAGAAGUGAAUACAAAACAAUGUUGGGUUACUUCCAUUGUCCCCUGUGCAAACAUCCGAAAUUUGAUAGGGAAUCUCAAUAUUAUGAUCAUCUUAUGAAUUUACAUGGUUUGUGUGAUUACAAUUGGAGUCAAUUGAAUUUUUCUAGAGCGGGCGUGGGUGAAGGAGGCCAGUACGAGUGUCUUGAAUGUUCUCAAGUGUACAUCGAUGCGGGUGCACACAAACUGCUGGAACACUAUUUAAGCCACCACAAGGAAUUUAUAUGGUUCUGUAAAUAUUGUCAGGGGAAAUUUUCCUAUAAAGAUACCAUGCAUUUUUGCAGGCCAAUGUAUGUAUAUUUCGCAGGCGAUGAAUACAAAGCUGAAGAAGAGCAAGCCUCUACUGGUUCUGUGUUCUCUUCGUCGUCGUUGUCGGUGUCAUCAUCGUUAACUACCUGUGUGGAGCAAUCCGCUGAAUGGAAAGCAUUUGAAUCAUAUAUAAGUCAUAUUUGUCCAUAUUGUGGUCUUGAUUUUAACACAUUCAGUUCCUGGCAAUUGCACCUGAGACACAUUCACUUUAUGAACACACUGAAAGGACUGCGUUUAUCAAUUUUGGUUAGAAAUCCCAAAAAAUUUAUGUGUAUAGAUUGUAAUUCGUUAAUUGAUAAAACAUCAAGGGAUAUCCAUUUGCAUCGUUUCCUGCAUUUACCCCACUUACCGUAUAAAUGUCGGAAGUGUUCAAAGGCAUUGGGUGAUUUGGACACGGCAAUUAAACACUUUCAAAUGCAAUGCGAUGAAAAUGAUCAAAAAUAUAACGAUGUCUUUCACGAAAUAGCAAUUCCAAAAUUUUCCGAUGACGAACAAAAUUGGAUUGAGAUAUUUUGUUCGAUGUGUAAGAAAAUAAAUUUCUUCGCCAACACGGAGGAUAUCAAUAACCACUUUUCGAAUAGCCACAACAAUUUUGCGUCGCAAUUUAAUCGAAAUCCCAACAAUAUCGAUAUGAUCUGCAAGAAAUGUAAGACAACAAUACGUAGUGUCAGUAGUGAGAUAUGCUUGAAGCAUUACAUAGAACAUAUUGACGAAGGCCCGUACAGAUGUUUGAUGUGUCAACGUUCCUACAAACACUUGGAUAUAUGUAGAAGACAUUUACGAAGAUUCCAUACGAUUGGCAAGCGUAUGAAGAGAUCGUUACAAGAUGAAUGUGAUAAUACACAGGAAAAGGCAUUGAAAAUUCCAAAAGCCAGUAAACCUAAAAAUAAAUCGGCUGCAAAUUCAAGUACCACCACUGGCCCAGGCGGCCAACCGGAUAUUAUUAACACUGGUCUUGGUACAGCAAAUAAAAAAGCUGUAACAUUAUAUGAAUUUGAAAAUUUCAUUACAUUCGCCUGUCCGGAAUGCAAUCAACCUUUUGAUAAACAAGCAUCGUGGAAUGAACACAUCCACAAGGAGCAUACAUUCUUUAAUGAGAGUGAACUAUCCGACUAUGAUGGAAGUCUGGGUAAAUAUAAGUGUAAACAUUGUAAUCUGCAACUGGACAAUAGUUUUUCACAUCGACAAAAACACAAACUAACCCACAUGCCAUACCGGUCAUUUGUUUGUACCAUUUGUGAUACCCGUUGCAAUACCAUGGGCUUAAUAUAUGGCCAUUUGCGUCGUAAUCAUUUUCGCAAGGGCACCUUUGAAUGUCCCAUAUGUUUAGUUAAUCUUACAACAUCCUAUGAACGUUCAGUGCACGUGAAUCGGACACAUCCUCGUUCCGAAUGGCCAGCCAACAUGUGUCUAAUAUGCUACCGAAAAUAUAAUUCAUUGUCGUCGCAUAUGGCAAGCCACGACAUCAAUAGACCCAAACACGUAUGUCCGAUAUGUGGCACAAGUAUUGUAAGUAUACAUGAUUUGAAGAAACAUAUCAUCAAGAAACACAAUAUUGAAGAUCCAACAGAAGUUUUGGCAAAUGGUUGUAACACUGUGGGAGGUGGUGGCACAUCGACAACUGUGAAAUUGGAAGGAGAGGAAGAAAUGCAUUUGAAUGAUACAAACAAGUAG